CCUACCGCACAACAUGGGCGGACAACUCCUGUUUUGUCUCCUGGCACUAACAUUUGGAACAGUCAACUCUCUAAUGAAGAAAUGCGACGCACCCACCGACGUCGUGUUUCUUCUCGACGGCAGCUACAGCAUUAACGAGGAGGACUGGCUAUACGUGAAGACGUUCGUCGAGAUGCUCGUCAACUCGUUUGACAUCCAGCCCUACGCCGUGCACGUCGGCGCUGUCGUCUACAGCAGGUUCAUCGGCGACGUCAUCAGCCUCAACCCCUACAAGGACAAAGCGUCCAUACGGAGGAUGGUGCUCAACCUGACUCAGCCUCGGGACGACACCAACACGGCUCUGGGGAUCAAGACUCUGCGCAUAAUGCUGCGCACGCAAGGCCGACCAAACAAGCCUCAUUUUGGAAUCGUCAUCACGGACGGGAAGUCGACGCUUCCGGCGCAGACGAUACAGGAAGCGAUGGUGGCGAAACAGGAGGGAAUAACUAUGAUCGCUGUAGGUGUCGCUCGGAUGUUUAUUUCGGAGGUCAAGGAGAUAGCGUCUGACAACAACGCCUUCAAUGUCGAGGACUUCAGAAGUCUGCCCAAUUUGGUUUAUCUGCUCAGAGACAUUGUCUGUACCGAACGCAUUACGACUGUCAUGACAACCACAACAACACAACCCACAACGACAGUGACGAUGAUUCCUGCACCGGACAUAGCCUGCGACAUGCCCGCCGACGUUGUCUUUCUUGUCGACGCGUCCGACAGCAUCAACGCCAACAACUGGGUGAUGGAGAAGAACUUCGUGGCCACCCUCAUCAACAGUCUGCACAUCCACCCGUCCACCAUCCACGUGGGCAUCGUGGUCUUCAGCACCUUCAUCGGCGACGUCGUUCCGCUCACCCCGUACAAGGACAAGCGGAGACUCAUGCAAUUGGCUCAGACGCUGAAACAACCGGGCUUCGGAACCAAUACGAACCUGGGGAUAGCAGAGGUUCGUAAGAUGCUGACGUCGCAGGGCAGACGAUCAGAGGGCGUGCCGCAGAUUGCCAUCGUCAUCACUGACGGCAAGAGCGACUACACAGAAGAGACGAAGGCGCAAGCGAAGGCGGCCAAGGACGAGGGCGUCAUCAUGAUCGCCGUCGGCAUCAGCUCACACGCCUUGACGGAAGAACUGGAGAACAUCGCGUCAUCCAAGAGGAAGGUCUUUCCCGUCGCAGACUUCAACGCUCUCUUCGGUUUGGUGAACGUUUUGAAGGAUCUCAUUUGUACGGCUAUAACAACAACUACGCAGGCCCCACCGUUAACAACAACACCUGCCCCGAACAUACCACAGCUCUGCAGUGGCUGUAAGAUCGACAACGGGAUCGGCUACAACCCAUACCCCGGGGAUUGCAGCAAAUACAUCCAGUGCUACCAAGACGGAUCGGAAUUUCGAGCCCUGGUUAAACACUGUCCUUUCGGCCUUUACUGGGACCGCGAGUCGGUGACGUGUAAACCAGCAGAAGACGUUGACUGCCUGGGAGACAAGUGUCGCAACAGCACGGACGGCAGCGUUCAUCCAUAUCGAGGCUACGGGUGUCGAGCGUACCUCACGUGCCAGGAGAGUCACUCGGUGCCCACGUGCUGCCCCCUGGGGUCGAGGUUCGUCUACCGGAUGGGGUGCAUACAGGACCCGUCUUGUCGCGACGACUGUCCGCCCUUCUCCACACAAAACCUUACAAAUACCUGUUUACUAAAAGCACACUCGGACAAGACGAAAUACGUACAGAGCAUUCCCGGACACGGAAGUAUGGUUCGCCCAUGCGCACCAGGGACAGUGUUUAGUUUCCCACAUUGCAGCUGUAUCGAAGAUACAGAGAAAAUAUCUGGCCCGUGUCUUCCGUCUGUCCACUACACGUUUGACCAGGACACCGCGGAUCACUCUGGAAACAACAUCAACGCCGUCGUAGAAGGUGUGAAAAUCAUCGGCCACGGCGUUGGACACUUCGACGGGAAGAGCAGGAUGAACAUACGGACGUUCCGCAAUACGGACUUCGGACAGAAACUGACCAUCAAGCUGAAGUAUCGGAUGGACGGAACCGGAAAUGGAGACAACGGAAAUGGUCAGAUCAUGUGGGUCAUCAUUGGCGCUAAUGGACAGGUCAUUAGGUCAGGAUACGGACAAAUACCGGUGGACAUUUUCCGAGCACUACAGCAAGGAACAAUAAUCGGAACUCUUGUCAGGCAGAUUAUCUCCCAUGUCGGAAGCAUAGGUGGCAGCACGAUGAUAUGGCAGAUUAUUGGAUUGGACGGAAGCGUGCUGCAUUCCGGGUUCGGACCAAUCACCGGAGAGGUAAUGAUGCAGAUCGCGAAUUUUCGACCAAACGGAGGUUUGAUUAUCAAGUGGUAUAUUUACGCACCCGACGGAUCAAUAGUUAAAUCUGGGAAAGGAGAGAUCCCAGCUGACAUCCUAGACCAGCUGAACCAGGGAACUAUCACAGGCACGAUCGUGAAAGAGGUGACUGGACACAACAGUUUGACAAGACAGUGGAUGGUGGUGGACAGAACGGGUAGAGUAACGCUGUCGGGAAUAGGUCACGUACCACAGGAUAUCAUGAUGCACCUCAGGUACAGACAGUCGGGAGCGGGUGUGGACAAGAACCAGACUCUGUGGUUCGUUGUCGAGCCUCAAGGGAGGAUCAUCAAGUCUGGAUUAGGAGUCAUCCCUGCGUCAGUUAUCGAGGGCAUUCGAGGAGGAACCAUUCAAGGAUCACUAGGACGAGAGAUCGUCACAUCCAGAGGAAUUGUUUGGCAGAUCGUAGGUCUUGAUGGCAGAGUUCUGCAUACUGGUUCAGGUCAAAUCGAUCAGAGCAUCUUAUAUGACAUCGCGCAUUUCUAUCCAGGCAACGGAGGUUCCAGCAUGGUGUGGUACUUCUAUACAUCUGAUGGCAAAAUGAGUAAAUCUGGAUAUGGAAAAAUACCUAAAGAGAUAUUCCAGGAAAUGCAGAAAGGGACUCUUAAAGGAGUCCUGAUUACUCGUACACUUGCUUCAAAUGGUUCAUCUGGAAAGUGGACCAUUGUUGGAGCCGAUGGCAAGGUAGUGAAGUCUGGAUCAGGGUCGUUAUCAAGAGAUGCCCUAUUGCAAUACCUAACAAGCAUCGAACAUCCAAAUGGCGGGCUGAUAUGGUUUGUUAUUGGAGUCGGUGGGAAUGCAAUUGAGUCUGGAUUCGGAGAGCCGCCAGCCACUAUUCUUAAAAACCUGGCUCAGGGAAACAUCAGAGGUUCGUUGGUCAAAUUGCUCGUUGACUCCCAGGGGCGUGAGCGAACGUGGCAGAUUUUGAAUGCAUAUGGUCAGAUAUUGCACGAUGGCCACGGACCAAUACCCAUGGAUGUUCUCAAACAGUUACAAAGUCAGUUUAGAUACGAGUCUUCUUUCGAAACUCAAAAUAUCACACACGUUCUGACCCACUGGACGAUUGUUAUGUCAGAUGGAACUGUUCAUUCAGGUGUUGGUGCAAUUCCAAGAAAUAUCGUGAAUAUCAUUGCUAAGGAACAUGUUUCAUGGACUGUCAAAACACCAGAUGGUCAAACCAAAAGUGGCAGAGGACAGUUUCCAAGAGAAUUCAUUCCAAUAUACCCUAUCCAUGAUACAGAUACAGAAUUUGGUACCGGCUUGACGGAAUGGUACCUGAUCAGAAAUGGAAAAAUAGUUCAGUCAGGAUUCGGCGACUCGUUGUCGUCACAACAAAAUGUUGGCCAUGGCUUGUCAUGGACAGUCGUCAAGGAAAUAUCGUUAAACGGAAAAACCUCUGGCUGGAGACUGGUAGAUCCAACGGGGAGGGUAAGAGAUCAAGGAAUGGGCGUUGUUCCUUGGGAUAUAUUUUACAGAAUUCAGUACCUGAUUGAUCCAAGCAUAACCACCACCACCACUGCCGCCACUGCUACCCUUCCCGCCGCCACCGUCAAGGUUCCUCAUGGAGGUGGUCAAGUACACAAUCCGGUGCAGUGGUAUAUUGUUCAACCUGACGGUUCUCACGGAAGGUCCGGGUUUGGAGAUGUCCCUCGCGACAUCAUAGAGGCGAUAAGAUCGGGCCGGCACAAGGGAGCAGUGGUGAACAAAAUAUCAACGGGCAGAAUGACGAGAUGGCAGAUCAUAUCGUCAGGUGGUAAUGUCAUUUCAGGGUCAGGAGAAAUUCCCCGUGACGUCCUUCAACGCUCACUUAAGGGUACAGUAUCGAUUGUGGAGCCUGGUCAAAAUCAAGGGCAGAUAAAGACAGAACGACGAGAAUGGAGCAUAACUCAUCCCAAUGGAACUGUACAGACAGGGACUGGAGACAUUCCUGUUAGCAUUUUACGAAGUCUCUCGCGCUGGAAGCUGACCAUGCCAGAUGGGUCUGUUAGAUCCGGAACUGGAUCUGUACCUAAACAUUUGAUAAGUAGAAUUGGGAGUGGAUCCAUCUCCGGGACUGUAGGUCAUGCUGACUCGGGGUUUGAAAUUUGGGCCAUUACCAAACCGGACGAAACUGUCACUCAGCGAACAGCUACCAAUGUGUACUGGAAGAUAACACUGAGAGACGGAAACACUCAUUCAGGAAUAGGAGACAUCCCAGGGAACUACCUGAGCCUAGUACGCCAGUGGUUGAUAAUGACUUCUGGUGGCGUCAAAGAAAGUGGAUCUGGAACCAUCCCAGCACACAUUCUAAAACUAACGAAUCGUGAUUCAGGUCUAAAAUCACAGUCAGGGCCAAUGAGUUCUAUGCCUGGUGCUGUAAUUCAGUCUAUAUCUGCUCCAGGUAGUUGGUCCAUAGCACUAUCAGAUGGAUCGGUCAACUCUGGCACUGGAUUAAUUCCACAAAACGUCCUUCAAAAGGCUAAGGGACCUCGCGUAAGAUGGGCAUUCACCAUGCCAAAUCGGACGGUGAAAUCUGGUAAAGGCCCCAUUCCACCAACUAUUUUGCAGCAAAUGUCCUCAGUGGCAAAAGGAAGCAUUCGCUUAGUACCAAUAAAAGUGAGCCAAGGAACAAGGGUCCGGCAAAGCAGUGUUGUCUCGGGCACAAGCGGGUCAAAGACCCAAACCCAAUGGACAGUUACACGAUCUGACGGGUCUGUUACAAAAGGAACUGGUCCGAUACCGGCUGAUGUACUGCAGACACUUCAAGGUUCUUCAACCCGUUGGACAGUCAUCGGGCCUGACGGCAAGCCCAUAAGUGGAUUUGGAGAAAUACCACAAGGGUUAGUGCAAGGGUUUCAACUCCAGUCGAACACAGCUGGAAACAAGGGACAGAAGCAGCGUCAUGCGGUGACAGGUAAAGUAAUAACACGGUGGUCUCUAGUUUUGGAAGACGGCAGCGUCAGAACCGGAACUGGCGAAGUCCCAUCUGACGUCUUGUCAAAGCUCAGCUCCAAAUCUCGAUGGACGAUCGUCGACUCCCGUGGCCAGGUUAGGUCAGGAAGUGGAAUUCUUCCGGGCAUGCAGACGAAGGUGGUGAGGGUAGGGCCUCAAGGCGUGUCUCUCAGUGGCAGAUCAGGAACGUCGAUCAGGAAGAGCAGCGCCCAGGGUGUUCCAUCUGACAGGAGCGCCAGCGGAUCCGAGGCAGAUAUGUUUGCGGAUGGAAUGGGAACCGUUAGUGGCGUCAGAGUCCAGACAGUUCCAGGUUCCUUACAGGUGAACAGCCGGUUUAUCGGCCCGCUCCAGUACGACCUGGUCCCCAUUAGGGGGACGUCGAGGAGAAUCAGAAGACAAGCUGGAUUAAAGGCGAACAUACUGUCCUUCGGGCAGACGGGGAAGCAUCAGACUCUGGUGGGAAACUGCGGCUCCAAGACGAAAGGUGGAGCGUCUGUGAUGAUACUGGCGAACAGCCAUGAGAUCAUCUUUUCCUUGAAGACAACAAACACGGCUAAAGCUGUCAUCUUGUCAAUGGCUGCGAAACCCGGAUUGAACGACAUUGAGAUGAGAUAUGAUGGGAGCUACCUAACAGGCGUUGUGAACGGCGCCAAGCGAUCUGUACCUUUGUCAGGCAAUGUAGAGAAGAGACCGGAUGGAUUAUCGAUUGGUUCCUGUGACGGAUUUCCUAGUUUCCGUGGAGAUAUGGAUGACUUCUCGCUGUAUAGAUGCUAUCUUUGAAAAUAGACAACCUUGAAUUGAAAACACCUGACCGCUUACCACCGAUAGAAACCAAAGAGAUUACGAGGACACCAACUACGACGUUUACUUCAUACAUGAUGUAUUUAUUGUUAUUUAUUAUCUCGCUUUAAUGAAACAAAUGUGAUUAAGUUAUUACCAUGAAUUUUUGUCAAUUGAUUAAAGAAAGCAUGUGAUUAUAA